UAAAAAUAAACAAAUAAAUAAAUAAAAUACUAAAAUUUUCUUCGUCCAAUGGAUCCUCCCUCUUCUUCCACAACCCCAACUACCCACCUUCGAUUCCACACAAUAAGUAAGUAAGCCUCCUUCAGACCACACAGUCAGUCACAGCAAUGGCAGAAUCUCUCACUUCCAAAACCAUGGCGGAAAAGGAGAACCAAAAUGACACUGCUGCAGCAGCAGAAGAAGAACAAAUCAUCAACUACAGAGGAAUCAGAGUCAUGCCUUUCAUCAUCGGAAACGAGACCUUCGAGAAGCUCGGCGCCAUCGGCACUCUGUCCAACCUCCAAGUCUACCUCACCACCGUCUUCAACAUGAAGCGAAUCUCCGCCACCACUCUCCUCAACGUUUUCAACGGCACCACCAACAUCGCCACCCUCGUCGGCGCCUAUCUCUCCGACACAUACUUCGGCCGCUACAAAACCCUAGGCGUCGCCUCCAUCGCCUCAUUGCUCGGUUUACUGGCGGUGAAUCUCACGGCGGUUUUCGAAAACCUCCACCCCCCGAGCUGCCGCGGCGGCGACGGCCGAUGCGUCGGCGCCGACGCCGGACAGAUGGCUUUUCUCCUGUUCGGAUUCCUGCUGCUGAUCGUCGGCGCCGGCGGAAUCCGGCCGUGCAAUUUAGCGUUCGGCGCGGACCAGUUCAAUCCGAAGACGGAAUCAGGGAAGAGAGGAAUCGAUAGCUUCUUCAAUUGGUAUUAUUUCACGGUGACUUUUGCGCAGAUCGUGUCGUUGACGGUGGUGGUUUACGUGCAGUCGAAUGUUAGCUGGUCGAUCGGACUGGCAUUGCCGACGAUUUUCAUGUUGCUGUCGUGCUUCCUCUACUUCGUGGCGAGCGGGAUGUACGUGAAGGUGAUGCCGGAGGGGAGCCCCAUGACCAGCCUGGUUCAGGUGGCGGUGGUCGCCGUUAAAAAGCGCCGCCUGAAGCUGCCGGAGCAGCCGUCGAUCAGCCUCUUCAGUUACAUUCCGCCGAAGUCAAUUAACUCUAAGCUGCCCUACACUCAUCAGUUCAGUUUCCUGGACAAAGCGGCGAUCAUCACCGGCGAAGACUCCAUCAACUCCGACGGGUCCUCCGGCGAGCCAUGGCGGCUCUGCAGCGUCCAGCAAGUAGAAGAAGCCAAGUGCGUUCUCCGCGUGAUCCCGAUCUCCCUCACCGCCGUCGUCUACCACAUCGGCGUCCAGCAGCAGUACCUCGUCUUCCAGGCCCUCCAGUCCGACCGCCGCCUCGCCGCCACCUCCUUCCACAUCCCCGCCGCCUCCUUCGUCGUCUUCGCCAUGCUCACCGUCUCCAUCUUCGUCCCAAUCUACGACCGCCUCCUCCUCCCCUUCUCCCGCCGCCGCCUCGGCGGCGCCGGAAUCACCGUCCUCCAACGAAUGGGAAUCGGCCUCUUCAUCCCCAUCGUCGAGUCCCUCGUCGCCGCCGCCGUCGAGCAGCGCCGCCGCGCGUCCGGCGGCGCCAUGUCGGCGAUGUGGCUGGUCCCGCAGCUGGCCCUCGGCGGCCUGGCGGAGGCGUUUUACGCCAUAGGGCAGCUCGAGUUUUAUUACAAGCAGUUCCCGGAGAACAUGCGGAGCGUCGCCGGAGCGUUUUAUUUCUGCGGCAGCGCCGUGUCGAAUUAUGUGUACAGUCUUUUGAUAUCCGUGGUGCACCGGUGGACGGAGGGGCCGGGCGGCGGCGGCGGCGGCGGGUGGCUGCCGGAGGAUCUGAAUAAAGGGAGGCUGGAUUAUUUCUAUUACCUUGUGGCGGCGAUGUGCGCCGCCAAUUUUGGGUACUUUUUGGUGUGUUCGAAUUGGUAUAGAUACAAAGGAAGUGAUGACGUGGCGAAGGAGGAUAAAUUGGACCCUCAUUCUGCUUAAUUGAUUAAUUAAUUAAUAAUUAAUUAAUUAAUUGCUUCGCACACAUCACUCUUACCACUAUUUGAAUUCGAGUUCAAGAAGGAGUGUUUCGUUUUCUUUUUUUUUUUUUUUUUUUAUUUAUUUUCUGUCUGGAUUGAGUGUAGAAGAUUAAAUUUUUGAUUUAAAUAAUAUUUGAUGUAAUAUAUUGUGAGAAAAAAUAUUCAUUUCAAU